AUGAAUAUAUUGAAAGAUUCUCUAUUUUCUUCAUCGAAUAAAAGAAAACUUACAAGACCUACUCAAAAUCGAUUCAGAAACUACGGAUUUCGUCAAGCAAACAAUUCUCUAAUUGAUCCACUUCUAUAUACGUUUGAAAAUGCUGAUAUUGAAUUGGACACAAUGGAAUCUGAUGAAGAAUCAAAAUCAAAUGACGAGCAUAAUGUUAGAACUCGUUAUUCACGACAAAGCUGCUUGACGCCGUCUGCACAUGAUGCUGGUUCCAUUGUUAUAGUUGAAAAACCUGUAUUACCAAAUGAAACUAUUCAAGCAUUCGCUAUUCGAUAUCGUGUACACGUUUCUCAAUUGAGACGUAUAAAUAAUUUACAAAAUGAUCAAGAAUUUUAUGCUUUAACUUAUUGUCGUGUACCCGUAAGUCGUUUUGGUUUACUACACGAAUAUUCAGAAUCAUCAUCGACAUUAGUUGAUUUACAUGAACAAUCAAGAAUAUCAUUACCUGUCACUCAUCUUUCUCAACAAAAUCAUCUCGCUUUUUUAAAUGCGAUGGAUCAAGACUUGGCAUUAAUGCGUACCAAAGUUGAACAAUUAAUUGAAGGAUCAUCAACAACAACAGCAGCAGCAGCAGCAGUAGUACCAUCGUCAUUAGAUAGUAGUGGAGUGAAAACUUCAACAAGUGCAUUGAAUUGUGAUGAAACGGAUUAUGGUUGCAAAUCUUGGCAUAUUAUAGUUAUUAUCAUCGUUAUUGCUCUUAUACCAAUUAUUUGUGCUUAUUUUUAUAUCAAAUCAUUGCAUAGUAAAUGA